UCACAUUCUCCACUCGAAACUUAUCUUCGUGAUUCUCUUACAAGCGCUUGCUCGCUCUGCUUCAUCUUCAUCCAUCCAUGGCGUCUCUUCCUUUCGGACUUCUUCAAGCCGCAUCUCAAUCUCCAACUCUUUCUCCUCGUUUCUUCUCUUUCUCCAAAUCUGAAACCCUAGGAACUUCUCUGCGUGCUUCUUCUACUGCUUCUCUUGCAACCUCUACAACUUCAUCUCCUUCUUCAAUUCCUGCUGUGUAUUGUGGCAGAGGCGAUAAGAAAACGGAGAAAGGAAAGCGGUUCAAUCGUUCAUACGGAAAUGCAAGGCCUCGGAACAAGACGAAGGGGAGAGGGACUCCGAGAGUACCAACUCCUCCUUCUCCGCCUAGGAAGGAUAAAUUUGAGGACGAUGAGAAAAUCAAGAUCGAGAUUGACGAGUCUCUUUUCGCUAACUAGUCAUGAAUCAACCUAAUUCUGUUAAUUUGAAUGUGUUUUCUGAAUCCAGAAGGUACUUCCACUUCUUAUAAUAGCAUUAUUUUUGUAUGAAUUCUUCAGUCGCUCAUUGGCUUCUUGAAUUUGUUGUUCAUUUUCAGUCUUCUCGAA